AUCAAGUGAAACGUCACCAUUAAAACAUGUCAAAGUCAUAUUACAUCUGGAUUGUCUGGUUAUAAGAAACCUAAAUUUUAUACUUCUUAAACAGCAGCUCUUCUUCCAAAGAGUAUCAUUACUGCCACUUAGAGGCACUAUUUUCCAGUGAUCGAAUUAAUUGUAGAUAGUGAUGAACACCCUGUCACCAAAGCAAUGAUUGUGUUGUUUUAAGUUUAAUAAAUCCCCGCCUCCAAUUCAGCUUUAAAUUACUAAAUUAAUUAUUUUUGAAAUUGCUAUGCUGUGUAAACGAGCCUGAUUUGACUUCAUUGAAAGCACACAGUUCACUGUAGACAUUUGGGAAAGACAGAUUGUGAAAAAAGGCAAAUUGUGAAGAACAAAUUGCAAAGCAGUAUUUCCCCGGGGAAGAAAGUAAGAAACUUCAACACAUUGUGUCAUCUUAGUGACACAAACUGCAUUACUGAGGAUAUUUAUGCAGAUUCAAACUUUAAACAAGUCUUUGUUUUUAACCUCUGGUCAAAGUCACACCACUGUGUAUUUAAAUUCACUACAAAAACUUCCUUUUUCUCCUCCAGGCAAUUUUAAUUUAUGUUUUCAACCACCCCUUGUAAUGCUUUGUCAAUUUGGUUCAUAUACAUUGUUAAUAUACCAAUUAUUAUUGUUUCUUUAUUUCUUUAUUUUUGGCCUGAACUGUACUCACAUAAUCUGCUGUAAUCGUUGGAUGCUCAAGUUUCCGACGGUACGUGAACGCUCCUCGUUUAAAAUCUGCACCUGUCAAUCAAUGUUGACCCCGUGGUUUGCGUCUGGUUGUAAACCUCUACGCUCUUCAAGCUAGCGUGUAGCUAGCUAAACAAAUAUAAUAAUGUUGAAUGAAUUGUGGCUAAAUGUAAGAAAAUACAUGAUACAAGUCGAUGUUUAUAUCAAUAUAUCCUCUAUGGCAUUGUCUGGUGGCUGUUUGGGGGGGCCUAGGCACAGAAAAGUUUGGGAACCAUUGGACUGGAAUAUUCUACCACUGCAGCCGUAUCUGUGCAUGACUGUGUUUCUCCUCGGUUUCACUGCUCCUUAACUGCACUUCUGUGAAUACAUGGUUCGAGAGGAUCAGCAUCAUGGUGAUUCUGCUCAACUGUGUGACUCUGGGCAUGUACCAGCCGUGUGAGAACAUCGACUGUACGUCGGACCGCUGCCAGAUACUACAGGCCUUCGAUGCAUUCAUCUACAUCUUCUUUGCAUUGGAGAUGGUCAUAAAGAUGGUGGCCCUCGGGAUCUUUGGGCGUCGCUGUUACCUGGGAGACACCUGGAACAGGCUGGACUUCUUCAUUGUCAUGACUGGGAUGGUUGAGUAUUCGCUGGACCUUCAGAACAUUAAUCUUUCAGCCAUCCGGACAGUGCGGGUUCUUCGGCCUCUCAAAGCUAUCAACCGAGUGCCAAGUCUGCGGAUCCUGGUGAAUCUGCUGCUGGACACCCUACCCAUGUUGGGCAACGUGCUGCUGCUCUGCUUCUUUGUUUUCUUCAUUUUCGGCAUCAUCGGCGUGCAGCUGUGGGCGGGGCUACUGAGGAACCGCUGCUACCUGGAAGAGAACUUCACUCUAUCUUCAGGUAUGGCCCUUCCUGCUCCCUACUAUCAGCCGGAGGAGGAUGAUGAACGGCCCUUCAUUUGCUCUCUACCGUCUGAUAAUGGCAUCAUGUCAUGCUCCGACGUGCCUACGAGGCGUGAAGGAGGACGCACCUGCUGCCUGGACAAAGAAGAUGCUCUUCACCGCCAGGCUCUAGGCUUGACCCUCGAGCCACUGGCCAAUGGCAGUGGUGCUGGUCUUUGUAUCAACUGGCACCAGUACUACACCCGCUGCCACACAGGAAGUAGUAACCCCCACAAAGGCGCCAUAAACUUUGACAAUAUUGUCUACGCCUGGAUUGUCAUUUUCCAGGUGAUCACUCUGGAGGGCUGGGUGGAGAUCAUGUAUUAUGUAAUGGACGCCCACUCCUUUUACAACUUCAUUUACUUCAUCCUGCUCAUCAUUAUUGGUUCGUUCUUCAUGAUCAACUUGUGCCUGGUUGUUAUCGCCACCCAGUUCUCAGAGACCAAACAGCGGGAGCACCAGCUGAUGCAGGAGCAGAGGGCACAAUGCCUGUCCUCCUCCACCCUGGCCAGCAUGGCCGAGCCAGGGGACUGCUAUGAAGAGAUCUUCCAAUUGGUCUGCCACGUCCUCCGCAAAGCUAAGAGGAGGUCAGCAGCUUUCUACUACACACUGAGGGGCAAGCCCAUACCAGCUGGUGGAGGCAGGGGCAACAGGCGCAGCGGAGGAAACAUGAACGGGGAGCAGCAUUAUUCAAGGCAUCCAGGAGCGUCCCACUGUCAACACCAUCGCAAGAAAGACUUCACCUCUCAGCUAGUGGCCAACUCCAUCAGUCUGUCUGUCCCUCAAAACACAGACGAGUGCCCCAUAUGUGCACUGUCACCAAGAGAUGGAGCAGACGCCGCGGGAGACUCUGCCGAAUGCAAAGAAGUUCAGGAGGAUGCUGUAAAAGAAACGGGGAAGGAGGAGAACCACUUGGAGGAGAGGGGGGAGGAGGUGGUGCAGAGGAAGAGGAGGACAUGCUUCGGGUAUUUGAUACACAUGUGGACUGAGAUGAGAAAAAAACUUUGGGGCAUCGUGGAGAGCAAGUACUUCAGCAGGGGUAUUAUGAUCGCUAUUCUUAUCAACACCAUCAGCAUGGGCAUCGAGCAUCAUAACCAGCCUGACGAGCUGACCAAUGUCCUUGAGAUCUGCAACAUCGUCUUCACUAGCAUGUUCACAUUGGAGAUGAUCCUGAAGUUGACCGCUUUUGGCUUCUUUGAGUACCUGAGAAACCCUUACAACAUAUUUGAUGGCAUCAUUGUUAUCAUCAGUGUGUGUGAGAUCAUCGGCCAAGCUGACGGGGGUCUGUCAGUGCUGCGGACCUUCAGGCUGCUGAGGGUCAUCAAGCUGGUGAGGUUCAUGCCUGCACUGAGGAGGCAGCUGGUGGUUCUAAUGAAGACCAUGGACAACGUGGCCACCUUCUGUAUGCUGCUCAUGCUUUUCAUCUUCAUCUUCAGUAUCCUGGGCAUGCAUAUAUUUGGCUGCAAGUUCAGUCUAAAGACAGAGGCAGGAGACACAGUUCCUGACAGAAAAAACUUUGAUUCUUUGCUCUGGGCCAUUGUCACAGUCUUUCAGAUCCUGACUCAGGAGGACUGGAACAUGGUGCUGUACAAUGGCAUGGCCUCCACAUCGCCCUGCGCUGCUCUUUAUUUUGUAGCUUUAAUGACAUUUGGAAACUACGUGCUCUUUAAUUUACUGGUCGCCAUCUUGGUUGAGGGUUUCCAGGCUGAGGGUGACGCUAACCGCUCCUACUCAGACGAUGACAGGUCUUCCUAUAAUUUUGAGGAAAGUGAAAGGCAGAAAGACACCCUGCAUCUUCCAGACUCCAAGAUGUGUGGCCUGACUCCAAAUGGACACCUGGAUUUGUCCUCGCUGCCCGCUGGUCUGUUUCCAGGAGAGAGGUUGACCUUUGCCCUUGGCUCCAAGAAGAACAGUGUCAUUUCUCUUAACAGAGCCAACCUGGAGCAGAGGGUGGUGUACCCAGGUCGAUACCACAACUGGGGUCGUUCUCUGCACCCCAAACCCUAUGCCUUAUGGGCCCGUCGUUCCAGCUGGAACAGUCAGGGAGCAGGCCGUCCCUGCUCUUCCUCAUCUCCCUCUGCAAGUCCCACCUUCACCCCUACUACUUCAAGGCCCUUCUAUGGCUACGGUCUCGGUGGUCUUGGAGGGUUGGUCGGUGGAAGCCUUCGGAUCCGUGGGCCCCGGGCAUCCUCGUCACCGCGCUGUCACCUCCACUGUGCCCAUCCAGAUGAGGAGGAGUCUCUCCUCUCACCUCCUGCUGUAGCUUCCAACUCACUUCGAGUCCCCCAUCCUAUGCUUCCAAGUUACUUUGUGCCUAGGAGAGACCGCAGGGCUUUAUCACUGGAGCUGCCUCACCUGCUCCAGGUCCCAGGACCUCCACAUGCUGCAGUGCUCACACAUAACCCACAGCCCCCCAUGAUGCACUUUACCCAUCACAGGAAGAAGAGUUUCUCUGGAGUGACCAUUGGCGAAGGUGGUGGUGGGCUCGAUGGUCUUGGUGGUCAAGGAGGUGAACAUCAGGACUGUAAUGGAAAGACACCGGUGUCUCAGCUGCUCCAACUUCCUCCUAGACACCAGACUGAACACAGCAGAGGAGAAAACUCCCAGAACCAAAUGAUCGCUGAUGUCUUCCCGCAGGUGAACGCUCGUAACAAGGACCGUGAAGAUCUGGACGAUGAAAUAGACUACAGCUUGUGCUUCCGCGUUCAGAAGAUGUUAGAGGCGUACAGACCAGACUGGUGUGAGACCCGGGAGGACUGGUCCGUCUUCCUAUUCUCUCCGCAGAACAAGUUUCGACAACUGUGUCAGUCCAUCAUCGCUCAUAAGCUGUUUGACUACGUCGUGCUGGCCUUCAUCUUUUCCAACUGCAUCACAGUGGCUCUGGAGAGGCCUAAGAUUCUACAAGGCAGCUUGGAAAGAGUCUUUCUAACCAUCUCCAACUACAUCUUUACUGCCAUUUUUGUGGGCGAAAUGACACUCAAGGUGGUUUCCAUGGGUUUGUAUAUGGGAGAUCAGGCUUAUCUGCGCAGCAGCUGGAACAUUCUGGACGGAUUUCUGGUGUUCGUGUCUUUGAUUGACAUCGUUGUGUCCAUGGCUGGUGGGGCCAAAAUCCUAGGGGUUCUGAGAGUGUUAAGGUUACUCAGAACUUUACGUCCACUCAGGGUGAUUAGCAGAGCUCCUGGUCUGAAGCUGGUGGUGGAAACUCUGAUCACUUCUCUUAAACCCAUUGGAAACAUCGUCCUGAUCUGCUGUGCCUUCUUUAUCAUCUUUGGCAUUCUCGGAGUACAGCUGUUUAAAGGAAAAUUCUUCUACUGCUUUGGCCCUGAUGUCAAAAACAUUACCAACAAGUCAGACUGCCUGCAAGCCAAUUACAAGUGGGUUCACCAUAAGUACAACUUUGACAACCUGGGACAAGCUCUAAUGUCACUGUUUGUACUCGCCUCCAAAGACGGCUGGGUGAACAUCAUGUAUCAUGGCUUAGAUGCUGUGGCUGUGGAUCAACAGCCGGUGACGAACAACAACCCGUGGAUGCUGCUCUACUUCAUCUCCUUUCUUCUCAUCGUCAGCUUCUUUGUACUUAACAUGUUUGUUGGUGUCGUGGUGGAGAAUUUCCACAAGUGCCGACAGCACCAGGAGGUGGAGGAGGCCAAGAGGCGAGAGGAGAAACGACAGCGACGCAUGGAAAAGAAAAGAAGAAAAGCCCAAAAACUGCCUUACUAUUCAAGUUAUGGCAACAUGCGCCUGAUGAUCCACACCCUGUGCACUAACCAUUACCUGGACCUUAUCAUCACCUUCAUCAUCUGCAUCAACGUCAUCACGAUGUCUCUGGAGCACUACAACCAACCUCACUCUUUGGAUCUCGUCCUGAAGUACUGCAACUAUUUCUUCACCUCCACUUUUGUGCUGGAAGCGAUACUCAAACUCAUCGCCUUUGGCUUUCGCCGCUUCUUCAAAGACAGGUGGAACCAGUUGGAUUUGGCCAUUGUGCUGCUGUCAGUGAUGGGCAUCACGCUUGAGGAGAUCGAGAUCAGCGCCGCUCUGCCCAUCAACCCCACAAUCAUCAGGAUUAUGAGAGUGCUGAGGAUCGCACGAGUUUUAAAGCUUCUGAAGAUGGCAACGGGAAUGAGAGCCCUGCUGGAUACAGUCGUCCAAGCCCUUUCUCAGGUGGGUAACCUGGGCCUGCUCUUCAUGCUGUUGUUUUUCAUCUACGCCGCCUUAGGAGUAGAGCUAUUCGGAGAACUUGUUUGUAAUCAAGACUACCCAUGUGAGGGCAUGAGUCGUCACGCUACAUUUGAGAAUUUUGGCAUGGCAUUUCUCACCUUGUUUCAAGUCUCUACGGGCGACAACUGGAAUGGCAUAAUGAAGGACACAUUGCGUGAAUGUCCACCAGACCACGGCACCGAUGUGGACUAUGCCUGCAAUCCAAGCCUUCAGUUUAUCUCGCCCAUGUACUUUGUCUCCUUCGUGCUCACCGCCCAGUUUGUGCUCAUCAACGUGGUGGUGGCCGUGCUGAUGAAGCACCUGGACGACUCCAACAAGGAGGCCCAGGAGGAGGCGGAGAUGGAUGCAGAAAUUGAGCUGGAGCUGGCCCAGGGCACCCUCUGUUGCAUGGGCGCCCCUAAUUGUGGGGGUGGAGGGACAGAGAAAGGACUGGUUGUCGCCGCGCCAGGGCCGGGAGCCACGGCAGGCGGGAGGGACAGAGGUGGCGGCCGAGGAGGAGAAAAGGGAAAAGGAGCGAGCGAGAUGCGUCACGCAGCGGCUGCUUCACAUCCAGGAUCGUACAAGUCCCACAACUCCACCAUGUACUCACCAGCUCAAGAGAGCCAGUGGUUGGACAGCGUGUCUCUGCUCAUCACGGACACCUUAGAGGGGGAGAUGCUGAUGAUCGACAACCUCUCGGGUUCUGUUUUCCACCACUACUCCUCCCCUCAGUCCAUCUGUAAAGAGUGCAAGAGCCACCCCCAAGAGCAGAUCAGGAUGGCAGAGAUUGAGCAGGCGUCACUGAAAUCAGAGCAGAUAUCAGACAAGUCCUCGUCCCCCGCCUUGCCGGAUGACCUCAGCCUGGAUGAACACACGGCCUACCACAUACUGACACGGGAGGGCAAGGGAAGGUACAGCAGUGACUCUCACAGCUCUGAGGAGGCUGGAGGUGGAGGAGGUCAUGGGAACCAUCAGACUCAGACGGUGGUACAGAGCCAAGUUCAGGGACUGGGACCGCCCUGCAGGACUGGUGCAGAGAUGGUGACGACGCUGCAGACUCAUCAGCCGCCUGUGUGCUCACCUCGCUGCAGCCCUGAGUACCGUCAAUCUGCAGGAUCAAUCAUACCAGCACCCCCCCGCAGCAGGAGCCUUAGGUUGACAAGGGGAUUGAGGCUGACCUCUCCAGCCUCCUGGGCUUCAUUCCGCUCCUCGGGAGCCCACAGCAAGAUGCUGUGCACACAGUACCCCUCCCACAGCGACUCAUCCCUGGCCACUGGCAGCUCUGAAGGCAGUCUCCAGACCACCCUAGAAGAGGGACUAAGCUUCAGCAUCUCUCCACCACAGAACCUAGAGAUGCCCACCCUCCCCACGGCCCCUGUCUGUCCCCUCCCACUUCCCAAGGAGGAGACCAUUCUCUCCUCACCGGUGCAGAUCCUGAGACCACGGUCGGGUCCCUCCUCAGCUCUAACCCUUCAGGCCACUAGGGGCCAUCAGCGGAGCCAGAGCAGCGGCAGAGGAAGCACCAGCCCAGGUUACAACCGCGAGGACUCAAUUGACCCAUCAGAUGAAGACCUGGGCAUCGUUAUUGGAUCAUCUACCGGAGGUUGUGGCUCCAGCCAGGCUGGGAACAGUGAACACUUGUCAGAGACACUGAGCAGCUUGUCACUUACAUCUCUGCUGUCGCCCAGCUCCCUGCUGUGCCCCGGAGGAGCGGUAAAGAAGUGCAACAGCACAGGCAACCUGGACGACGGGGGGAUGCUUCUGACGCCUCGGAACAAAGAGGGCCACAGGGAGACGCUGGGCUUAGAAUUUAUGGACGCCCAGAGCUUUUUGACCGACCCCAGGUCUGGGCUGCUGUUUGAUAAAAGAGGAAGCAAUACCAGAGUGGAAAUAGAAGAAGAAGAAGAGCAGGAAAUAAAAAGAAAGAUCUCACGUCAGACAACGCUGGGGUCUUGUCGAGAAAACAGAUGAAACCUGCUGUUUACUCCUCCUAAUGUCCUUCCAUUCCUUGGAUGUACACCCACUGCUGUCCCUCUCGCUUUCUCUUCUCCCAUCAGUGAGAGACAGGCUGGAUGAAGACCAGAAUCCUAAAAUCAUUUUGCCUCUUAAACCACUUUCUACACCUGUCCUGUUUUGUGCUGACUAAGGGAGUGAUCUGGGUUGUAGUCUGUCCAUGAGGGAGUGACCUGCAGAGCUCAGGUCUUUGGCGUGAUGACGGUUUCUUUAAUGCUCUUAAAAGGCGGUAGCUGUUAGUGAACAGAAGACUCACUCCAGGAGCAAAAAAAACAAAGAGUUGUUCAACUUUUACACAAGAGUAAAAGUCUUGUUGUUGCUCUCCGCGAUGUCAGCUCGGGUUCACUGAAGUUUGAAAAGCAAAAAAAAAAAAAAA